UUUUUCAGAUAGGAGGAUUUGUAACAAGACUUUCAAUUUGUUACCUACAGAUAACAUAAAAUCACCUCUUUCGAGAAACCUAACCUAAUGUGAUUCAUAUAACAACACGAGAAACGAUGUGGUUAAACUUUGCUAAACUCGCUCUCGAGCUUCGGUUAUAGUAGCAUCGAGUCGACACUAUUCAAUUCUACUCGUCCUCUUUAUGAAUUUAAAUAAAGCUCUAAUCUUUUUCCAAUUCUCUUGUUUAAUUAAGACGAUACUUUCAAUACCGUCAUAUAAUUUCAACUCACAAGUAGAGAAUUCACGACGUUAAAAAAAACAACAAUACAAGGAUUAAAAGAAACUCUCUAAAGUAAAGAUCAAGGUGUGCAAACUCUAUGGGACUGUCGAAAUGUUCAGUUGAUGCAAAUAAGAGGAGUACAAGAUGGAUUAUCAUGAAGUAUUAUCUACAUUAAUAUCCAGUGUAAAUGAUCAUGCUACAAAUUUUGAUGAUAAAGUGUCACAAAUAAUUCAGAAAGUAGAGCUACUUUUGCCAGAAGAUGUAAGGCAAUCAAUCAAAGAUUUCUCUACGAGAAAACAAUAUCUUCACAUAUUAAUGUACAUAUUACGUGGUAUUAAACAAGAAAAUGCAAAAGUAGAUGCUGAUGCACUUUUUAAUACGAGCCAAUAUCAUUCUGUAAAAAUUGCUGUGCAAUUUGUAAUAUUAAUUGGAAUUAAGCCUUCCUUAUUGUCUGGUGUAGGUAUAAAUAUAGAUAAAUUAUAUCCUAUAGCUGCGACAAUUACCCAAGAAAAAGACAUAAGCUGUCUUGAGAAAUAUGAACUAUUAUGUUCUUCAACACACUUGCUCUUAGAACUUUUUGACGAUCUCAAUUUACGACCAGCUGUACUUUCACAAAUCGGUCCUUUAAUGGCUGCUCUAUUACAAUUGUCUCAUGCCCCACUAGCUAAACCAUCGAGUGAAGUUGAAUCUACAAAUUUAAAUGAUCAAGAAUUUCGUAUGACAAUGGAAGAGUAUCAAAAGCUGCAAACUCGUCAAAAGGCAUUUCACACCAAAUUCAUUUCGCUAUUAAGCAAUUGCCCACGCGAUGUAUGUUUUCGGGAAUUAAUGGCAAUUCUUGGAGUGCAAAACGCACCAAGAUGGUUACGUAGAGAAACUCAGAACCAUCUCAUUAAAAUGCUCAUGCAAUCGAAUGGAGUCGCAUCGUUAAUCGCCACGAUUUAUAACGACGGUUUAGACCUGGGCGCGGAUUGGAAAAAAUUAGACACACUUUCUCGACUGAUAGCAGCAACGCAUGGAAAGAACGUCGAUGAAUAUUACAAAGCUGUAUGUUCGCAGAUUUUAGAUCUGUUUUCUUCAGAUAAAUUCAAGCAUGGUCCAAUAAUAGCAAACUGCUGUAUUAAGUCUCUUUAUGAUUACAAUCCACAUGCUUGUCAGAAGUAUAUUAUAGAAGUUGUUUGUGCACCUCUAACAACGAAGGAAUCAGAUGUUGUAAAAUCUGAAAAAGAAAUAGAACGAUGCAUAGAAAUAUUAGCAAAAUGUUUUCUAACGGAAGAUGCCAAGUUUAAGCAUUUACCUUGCAAAGUUAUUUUGCACGUUGCUACACCUCUAUUUUGUCUGUACGAUAAAGUCUACGAAAGUGCUUGCACAUUAAAAACAAAUUUACAACGAUUGUUAUUAAAAAUCUUCGAAGAAGAGACAACGCGAGAGAAACUAUAUUCAGCUUUUUUAGGACAUAAUACGUCAGCAGAAUUUGGUAAUUAUAUAACAUCAGAAUUUGGACCGACGGGUGGUAUCGAAAUUACUGGUUUGAAUAAAGAUUUGAAUUAUGAAAAACUAGCUGAUACCAUUUUCAAUUUAGUGUCCACCGUUAAGGACUUGUCUCCCAGCUUAUUUUGUUACAUGUUAAAGUUCCUGUCAAAUGCAAAUAAAUGGAGCUACGAAACUGAACAGUCGAAAACGCUGGAGACGGAAGACGAUAAAAUAGAACGCAUCACUAUGCAAUUAGCAGCUCAUAAACUUCUGUCACAAUUAGCCAGUACAAAUAUCGUCCAAGAAGCACAAAUGAAAAAUCCCGAACCGCUGCUGUCGUUUAUAAAGUCGUUAUUCGACGAGUACACAAAAAGUCAUUCUAAAACUGAAGAAAAUGAAUACGAGAUGUUGUACAUCAGCUUAAUGUUAAUAAAGAUGAUUUUGGUCGAGAAGAGUGCAGCAAUCAAGAUGGAUCUCUUCAAAGAUUUUAAAACGUUUUUAGAAUAUCAUCAGCAGAAUUCGAAUAUGCCGACACAACUUAAAUCAUUGAUCAGCGAAGUGGUUACCUGUAUCAUGACACAUGAUUCCCGAACCAGAUCUGAGAAAAAAUACUAUCAAGACUUGUCUAGUUCAUCGAAAAAAUUCGAUGAAGCCUUGAAGGAUCUCACGGACCCAUUACUUCCUAUUCAGGCGCAUGGUCUCGUGACACUCACGAAAUUAAUCGAGACUAAAGAUUCUUACACUGUUGAGCGUAAUGCGAUCGUUUUGCGUUUAUUUCAGGAAAACUUGAAGCACGAGGAUUCGUUUAUAUAUCUGGCGUCUAUCAACGGGCUGUGCGCAUUGGCAACUGCAUUCCCAGAGAAAGUCAUAGAAACGUUGAUGCUUGAAUACACUGAUAUGCCCAAACGUGCGGCAGCUUUAGAGAUAACUGUUUUAGAGAUAACUGUUGAAACUAGAAUAAAGCUCGGGGAAAUACUAGUCAAGACAACGAGAGCUUUGGGUGAAAUGAGCGUGGUGCAAAAAAACACGCUGGUUAACGGUUUUUUAUGCGCAAUUCGUGAUGCGGAUCCCUUGGUGCGAGCCUCUGGUCUUUCUUGUUUAGGAGAACUCUGCAAGGUAUUGAACUAUCGACUGGGAAAUAUUCUCACCGAAAUUAUCUAUUGCAUCACAUGUAUAUUAAAAUCGGACAAAAUACCUGAAUGUCGCCGUGCCGCCGUGUUGGUCGCAACACUUCUGUUUCGCGGUCUCGACCGAGACUUGUUGAGCAGUUGUACCAGCGAUAUGAUCGACUUAUACCGCGAGUUACGUAAUUUGCGCAACGACACAGAUUCCGUGCUACAGCUUCAUGUUCAGCUAGCUUUGGAGGAAAUUGAUCGCAUCAUACAUAACUCUCUACUCACUGGAUUUCCUACAUUCAGAAAGUUGGAUCAAUUUGAUUCAAUGUCUAUUCGGUGACAAUAAAAUAUAUAUUCGAUUUUCUCACUAAUGUUUUUAAUAAAAAUGAUCACCAA